AUGUCCACCUUCAAAGGCAACGUUUCCAUCACCCACAUCACGACUGCCACAGCGAUCAUUAACAUCGACGGUGUGCGCUUCCUCACCGAUCCUGUAUUCUGCCCUGCAGGCUCUGAGUACCUCUACGAUGGCUGGUCCAAGGCCCCCAACCUUGUUGACUUUGGCUUCAAGGGUGCACCUCCAGUAGGUAUUCUGCGCAGCUUUGAAGGACCAGCCCUCCAAUUGCACGACCUUCCACCCAUCGAUGCAGUCUUGCUGAGCCACGAAGAUCACGUCGACAAUCUGGAUCCUCUAGGCCGCCAGUUACUCGACGGCCGCCAUGUCUUCACCACGCCUGAUGGUGCGCACAACCUCCAGCCACGCCCUGGCGUCAUCGGCCUUCGCCCUUGGCAGACCGUCUCCGUCAGACUUGGGGGCAAAGAUUUCCGCAUCACCGGCACCCCUUGCAAGCACUUCCCUGGUGGUGAAGUGACUGGUUUCAUAAUCGAGUGCGACUCUUUCGGUGUUAAUGAGGCUGGUCUACCAAAUGCGGUAUACUUCUCUGGCGAUACCGUGUGGAUUGACGAGUUGGCGGAGAUCAAGAACAAGUGGCAUGUAUCUAUCGCCGUCUUGAAUCUGGGAAAUGCGCUUUUCGAGCACCCUAACGGUGUGCUGCAAAUCACCUUCGAUGGGAAGCAAGCUGCUCACUUGAUGCGUGUACUGAAUGUCGACCGGAUGGUUCCUAUCCACUUUGAAUCGUGGGAACAUUUCACUGAGCAUAAGGCAGAGUUGGCGGAGGUCUUUGAUUUGGAAAAGGUGUCAGAGAAGGUUUGCUGGCUUACUCCUGGCGAGGAAACCCCCGUUGUGGCAAGGUAG